AUCAUGAUCGCAGUGAAAUCCAGAAGACGAAAUUAGAAGUAUCUAAUAUAAGGAGUUUCUGUGGCCACUAUAGUUCUUCUUUAGAUAUUUGGAUUACUUGACUCUUUUGGUUUUUUUGUUUCCUAGUUAGGUGUGCUCCACCGAUAAUAUAAGGAGUUUCUGUUUGCAAUUUUGUUGAAGGAUGAAUAUUUUUCUUCACUCGCUCCUAUUCGUAUCGACCUCCAGCUUGUCGAUUGCGUUUCUUGUAAAAACUUAGCUCGAGUUGUCUUGAAUUAGCCUGUUCGUCGUGUUUUACAUUUACUUUCUUGCCGUGUUUUACAUUGAUUCUACUACCACUUGUAAAUUAGUCAAAAACAUAAGUACUCUGAACAUCCAAAAUGUCGUUGUCCCUCGUUCUCUUUUUUGCCGGUUGUUUGGUCCGUCCAAUAGAUGGACUUCGUAGUCCUCCGACGCCUGGAAUCCUGCGCUGGGCCACGGGCAGUUCGUCCGCAUCUCUGCGGUCAUCGUCUGAUGAUCAUGAUGCAUCUUCUUCUUCGACGUUUUCUAGUACUUCAACAUCACAAUCAGAAGCAUCAGCAGAUUCUAGUAUUUCGUCGUCGGCUCCUUCGUUUGAUAACGAUGUUCUUGGUGGACGUGGAGAUGCUAGCAGGAGACCAACAUCAAGAAGUACAACAACUACCCCUUCUAUUCACCUUCGUCCUCCGCAGGAGAGAAUUUUUACAAGAAAAAUAUGUAGUACUAGUUCAUCAACAUCAAGAGACCCUUUCGAAGAUGUUGUGGAUUACGUUCAUGAUGCAGUCGUGUCGUCAAAUGCGUCAUGGUAUACGAUGAGCGCUGGAUCAAACAAAUACCGAGUAGCAGCGCCCCCAUCUGUCACGCUGCCGACAACUUCUCUGACUGCCUCUAGCACUGCGUCCCCUACUGCUUUGAACUUGAUGAAGACAACAGAACUGUCAACAACAACGAAAACGUCAAGUACAACGCCUCCACGGUCAACUGCUCCUUCCCCCACUGCACUUGUUAAGAGAAAAAGGUCCUUCGUCACUUCCCCCACGACUAGAGGUACAACGACUGCGGCACCUGUGACACUGACAGCACAUCUGAUGAGCGGGAAAGCCUUGACAGCUGAGGUUGUCGACUAUGACAUCUGUGUCGACGAUGUGCGGCCACGACUAGAAAAGCUGGGCAAUUUACUGCCAGGACAACGCUUAGUCCUGUCAUCUGGCUUUGCUUCAGGUCAACAUCAUUAUGGUCAGGAUGUUCCUGAUGGAGCUACAGCUACACCUACAGCUGGUGGCUCUUCACCGCCCUCUGCUUCGCCGUCGUCCUCCUGCGCAUCACAGGAUACUCCCUACACAGAAGUUGUGCCUCCUUUGAUGUUAUCUCCGCAAAUGUCGAUGUCGCCACUGUCAGGCUACGAGCCGAUUUUGAACCUGUUUGAAAUACGCCUGCAGGACAGUGAUGACGAUGGUACCGGAACAGAAGACCUCAGAAAGAGAACAGAAACUACACCAGUAGUUGUAGACGCUACACCAGUUGCACUAGACGCUCAAGAAGGUAGAUCAAGUAGAAAGGUGGCGACGCAGAUCAAUAGCACAGAUACACCAUGGAAGAAGGUGGGCAACAAAGCUGCAAGUAUUACAACACAACCAUCACUAGAACAAACGCUUUCUUCAGAAACGCGUGAAGAUAUAAUCGCGGGGAAAACCGACGGCGCAGGUGCCUCAUCACUCGCCUCGCCACAAAGCCGCGGCACCACUCCACCCUCAUCACGACCGAAAUUGAAGAAGAAGAGUGUUUUCUUCCCACCAAGAGAGGGAGCUUACACUCUGCAUCAAGGCAAGCCGCUAUUAGCGGUGGUACAGGAACACGCUGAUUUACAGCCGGGUCAGCCGCUACGGACAAGACUGCUUACAGCCGUGCAUUUGGCGCGUGACGAUGUGCUACGGGACAUUUUAGAGGAAGCGUUUUCUGAAGAUGAGAACAAGAUCAGCGGUCCACGUGCUCAGGCUCUUUUUCUACUUUCGUUGUUGAACAACAAUGUGAAAGCAGUAGCAGCUAUGCUUCGAGUGGCGAAGAAAGAAGAUGAGCUACAACAGUCUUCAUCGGACUCGGCAGGUUACCUCCACGACAGUACUGAUCUAAAAAGUAGUAGCAGUAGAAAAACAGGCAGAGGUCAUUUCCAAACCCUUCUACAAGAAAGUUCUUCAAACGCUGUGAUGGACUACAUGAAAGAACAAGUAGAAAUAAUUGGAGAUGGGCAUGGAGUUGGAGAUCAAGUUCAACUACACCAACAGCAACCACUGUCCUUUUCUAUAGACACUUGGCGUCCAGAUAUCGAUGAGCUUGCAGAUGCGCCACCAUUAGCUGUAGCCGCCUUCUGUGGUCAUGCGGGCAUGGUGGAAAAACUCCUAGAUUUUGGAGCUGAUGUACAUGCUCGGAAUAUCUGGGGUCUUACUGCAUUGCAUCAUGCUAGUCGGCAGCUGUAUGUGGAUGUGGUCUCCUUGUUGGUUGCUCGUGGAGCGUCAGCAAGGAACGCCGAUAACAUGUGGCAUGCAACACCUAGAAAUUUCAUUGCCGGUAGGCAAGAAUACGUCAGCACUCUUGCAGGGGAUGGCUUACUUGGACUGUUAAGGCUUUCAUCGACACACCGAGAGGAAUCGGUGUAAUUGUUGUACUUUUCGGGAAAUAUGAAUAAAUGAUUAGGUGGCAACCUUCCGCUUUCAAUAUCUACAUGAAUAAGAUAAAGCGCAAUACCAACAAAUUCGAGUUCGUCAAACCUAUUAACUUACUUAUCCUCUCUGUAAUUGAAUCAAAAGCGCAAUAGAUACUAUCGAACUUCGUGAGCAGUCAAACUCUUCUAAGUCGAAGAAACACGGAUGAGGACGUCUGGAACUACGGCGAUGAGGAACGUGUCGAUGACCUUCACAACCAUGAUCUCCAUAUCAACUUGUUCGUGCCAGAAGCUGACGCAGGAGAAGGCCUUUCUGCUGUGGGUGAUGAAGGCCUUGAACUUUUUCACAACGAGGACAACAUUUUAAGAUUAAGGCUCGACGCAAGUCAUUUCCAAGGACUUCAAAAUUUCUUCGGUUUCCUUCGUAGGAUCCUGAAGAAAUGAAGGCGGGAAGAAAUGAAGGUAGCUCUGAGGAGCUCUAAUAGACAUAUUACGGAGAACGCGUGGUGAAGAAGGACACACCGGGUUGGAUGAUAGUACGGAGGAGGACGCAAUACAACCAGAACAAUUAGAAGAACACGAAAUAGAGAAUAGACGAGACGAGGAAGAUGGAAGACAUGUUGCUGGUAGAGGUGUACUGGUUCUUCCAGAAAGAGAAGAUCUAGUAGAUGCUGUUGAAGAUACAACUAUCGACCCUGAUCGUAAUAGGAUUGAAGAUCAUGAGGAUCAGCAGAUGACAGGUGAAGAAGCAGUAGAAGAUGUCCUACGGCAGUUUGACAGAGGACCCGUAGACCAAGCUGAAGAUACUGUCGCGAAUCACGCUGACUUGUUUCGAAUGCAGGAGUUGAAUCGUAGAUUCUUGCAAGAACUUCCAUAUAAAAAUAGGAGGGAACUUAUGUCACAUCGCGAAAGAAACAGGGAGAGGGACAGACAACCGCAGAACGACGACAGGGACAGAAAUAUCAGACGACUACAACUGCAACCAGACAACAGAGGCAGAGACGGACAACAACCAGCACACGACCACCAAUAUCGUCGCCAACAAGAUGGCACACUUCAGUACGGUUUGGAGCAGUAUUUAGUUCGUUUCUUGGCCGACGAAGAACGAUCUAAAAGACGAAACCACGAUCAGGGCACAACUAUUGCUGCUUUGCUGGCCACAGGUUAUGAUGUAGCACUAGUGGGCGUAUUGUCACUGUCAUCAACAUCAUCACUUUGAAGAAUCUGUGCUUUUGAAACAGCGUUUUGCAUUUUAUUGCUGAUUAGUAAGUAUAUAUCUACUGAUAUUUAUGGAGUAACACUAUGCCAGAAGCGAACAUAGAAAAGUGGUUUUCUGGCCAAAAAACGCACAUAAAGCCCAGGGAUCAGGUGGGCACUAUUCGUCUCAAAAUGAAAAAUUUUCAUUCUGAGACGAAUAAUGUACAAAAAACGCAAAAAAAAACGCUUUUGGCAUAGUGUUACUCCAUACUGAUAUUGAAACUGAUGUUACUCAUGCUCUAGCGAUUUUUUCUAUGUAUCUAAUAACCGAGCGCGCCGCGAAUUCCAUUUCAGAGAGCACGACUGCUAAGGUUCGAACCAGAUGGCCUGACUCUUCCGAAGUUUAGAGCUGAAGCGAUUCUGAUGCAUGCGGAAGCCAGAGAAGGUUGA